AUCUGGCUGGAGGUGGGUUGUUCGUGCACAGCUGCCGUGUGUCUGCUUUCCUCACCGGCCGGUUUUUCUAGCCCUUCUGGAGGAGCUCUUACCUCACUUUUUCGUGACCUCAUCGGUGAGCGGUGUGGAACCCAAGAAGGAAAUAGCUGUCUGCCUGGAAGAAGGGAGCAGAACUAAAGGACGGUGCAAAGUGUUUGCUACAAUAUCUGAGCUUCAGCAGUUCCUUUCAUCCUAGGAGCACGUCUCUGUCAUUAAAAUAAACGUAUUUCGUGGAAAUGGAGACUAUGAGUUCAGCAAUCCGAAAAUAAUCGGAUGAAAGAGGAGGAAGAACGCCAAAUACUUCUUCGCUGGAUGUGGAGCGAUGAGAAGAGGAAGAACCUGAAUCAUGACCCAGUAAAAGCCAGACAGUCUGUGGAUACACGAAACGCCGAGGCCCUCCACCCACCUUACUUCUAUAUAGCACACAGGUUGAGUUGCUUUGAUGACUUCAUUGCAGUUAGCUGAAGAUGCUGUAUCUCAUUGCAAAUUGCUAGCACCUGUGCUUAAUCGACAAUCUGUGCAUUUCACAAAUUAUGUCUGCUGACUAUAUAAAGGCUAAGGAGCAGGAUAUUCAUGUUCAUAAAUUUGAUCACUUGAGGAGGAAGUUCAUAGUUUUCCUACAUCAAAUCCUUUACAUGCACUAGACGCAGCAAUAUGCACAAAAAAAUUGGAACUACAAGAAAAAUAUCCAGGGCAACUAACUGACUUUAUAGAUGAAAUAUAGCAAUUUGUACCCUCAGCAAUGAAGCUACAUAGAGAACAAUAUCUACAGUUAAAAGAAAUGAAACUUCAUUUUGUUUCAGUCUUUUUGCUGGCAUCUUUUCUACUGGAACUUUCCACAGCUGGACGUAUAGUCAUUGUUCCUCCCAUCAUGUUUGACAGCCAUCUAUAUGUCUUCAUGAAGAUUGCUGUAGCUCUAAAUAAUCAAGGGCAUGAGGUGACGCUAGUCCUUUCAGAAGGGCGACAGAUAGAGCAGUCUUCCCAGUUCCAGAUUCAGCAGUACCAUGGCAUUUUUAAUUCAAAAACUGCUGAUGAGUUCCUUCAGGAGAAGAUGAAGAACAUAUUUGCUGGCAAGUUGACAUCUUUGGAGCUCUUCACCAUCUUGGAGAAAUAUGUUGCAAACUGUGAUCUUAUGGUAGGUAAUGCAGAACUCAUUCAGCAGCUUAAGGCCCUGAAUUUUGACUUGCUUCUGAUUGAUCCCAAUGAGAUGUGUGGUUAUAUUUUGGCACACAUGCUUGGAGUGAAAUAUGCUGUUGUGUCAACAGGACUUUGGUUCCCCGCAGAGGUUGGUGCUCCUGCACCUGUUGCAUAUGUGCCUGAGUUUAAUUCAUUACAAACUGACCGGAUGACAUUUAUGGGACGGACAUGGAACACAGUGGUGUACAUUAUUAGCCGUAUAGCCACUCAUUUUGUAAUCCUGCCCAAGUUUGAGGCCAUCAUUCGGAAGCAUGCAGAGAUACCACAGAUGUCAAUGAUGGAAAUAAUCCAUGAAACCAGUUUGUUUUUUCUGUGCAAUGAUUUUGCACUGGAAUUUUCUAGGCCAUUGCUUCCAAAUGUGGUAUUCGUUGGUGGAAUUUUGACAGCACCAGCUAAGCCACUUCCUGAGGACUUGCUGUCUUGGGUGGAAGGCGGGAAGGCUGGAUUAGUGGUCGUCUCCUUUGGAAUUGGCAUUCGACAUUUGCCAGAAGAUCUGGCUGAGAAAAUGGCAGCAGCAUUUAGCAGGUUACCUCAGCGAGUUAUCUGGAGGUACUUUGGACAGAAACCAAGGAACCUUGGCAAUAACACAAAAACCAUGGAAUGGCUGCCUCAGAAUGAUCUCUUAGGCCACCCUAGUACAAAGGUAUUUGUCAGCCACUGUGGCUUGAAUGGAAUAUUUGAGAGCAUUUACCAUGGUGUGCCUGUGGUGGGGAUACCUUUUUAUGGGGACCAGUAUGACAUCAUGACCAGAAUCCAAGCAAAUGGAAUGGGGAUCCUUCUGGACUGGAGUCGAAUGACAGAAGAGGAUUUGUACCAGGCACUAUCUACAGUCAUCACGGAUCCAAGAUACAAGAACAGAGCUGCUUACAUUUCCACAUUGCAUCAUGAUCAGCCUCAACAUGCCCUGAACCGCACUGUAUACUGGAUCGAGUAUCUACUCCGAUAUGAUGGAGCAAGGCACCUACGACCUGCAUCCCUUGAUAUCCCAUUUUAUCAGUAUUACCUUCUGGAUGUUCUUGCCUUCUUUGGCUUGCUAACUGCACUGAUUGUGUACCUUUUAUAUAAAAUUGUAAAGAUAAGAAAACCACCACAGAGGCAAUACCAGAAUGGCUAUAUGAAUGGAUACUGUUAUAAUGGAUACUUGGCGACAGAGGUAAAAAAAAUAAAAUAAUUUAUCAAGGCAGUAUGUCCGGGAAUUGUUUCAGAAUGGGCAGCAGCGUGUUACCAUUAUAGCAUCUGUGAUGAGAGAGGAACAUCAAGAAACAGAAUGUUAUAAAACUUUGACAAUAUUGAUCGUUAACCACUUUUGUGAGCUAUGAAUUGCCGUGAGCAGUGAGCAAAGCAAAUAUUUCUGGAUGUUGUUUGCAGAGAAAGCAGAUUUUAUAACACUUUCAGGGAGAGUCUGUUUGUGGCCACUAAGUGUUAAGGGGUAAACUGCAAAACCACAGAUGCUGUGGAAUGUGCAAGCUUGUUUGUGUAUUGUUAAUUGUGAGGAGGACUAAAUCAUCUAAAUAGUCAAAUGAAUGUGAUCUCUGUCUGCAUAAUUAAUGUCGUCUGAUCAUGUCCAGAGUGAAGGUUUUAAAGUUCUUCACUUGCUUAGGAAGUUGCCAGCCAUCAAUUUUUUUUUUCUUUCCAUCUCUCUCUCUCUAUUUUUAGUACGGUAUGCAGGUGUCUGUGCUUUCUCAAACUGUUGUUUGCAUCCAACUUGGAUCAUUUACACUGCAUAUAAAAAAAAAUCAACCUUAAAGUAGCAAGAUAGUUGUAAGACCAUUUAUCCAUAUGGUGUUCAGUCCACAGACUGCCCAAUUAAUGUAGUAUUAUUCAACAGCUGUUUAACAGCUCAGAUAGUUAAGGCUGUGAGCUGUAGGUUUGGUACCUCCAUUUUCCACUUAUAACUGUGAUUCUGAGUAUAUCAUUUAACCACACACUGCUCCUGAUCUUAUCCCUAAAAUGGUCACGUAUGCCUAGUGGUCUUUCCUGGUUAAAAGAAAAAAAGACUAAAACAGAAAUGAAUUCAAUCGAACUAAUAAUUUGCUGGUAAUAUUGCUUUAUACAUUAGAGCAAUCUUGUCUCUGUUUUUCCAUAUCAGGAUCCUUUAGAGUGAGAGAUGUUGCCCAAAUAUCUGGAUCUUGGCUGUCUUACUGUCUUUCAGCUUAUGUCAAACAGUACCCAGACAGUAAUGUACAAGACUGCAACUCCCUACACUGUUUACCCCAUCACUUGAGUAGCACUUUUUUCUUGUCAGUUCAGUGAAGUCAUUUGGAGGGUAUGUUCUAACUGAAACACAAUGUUAAAUUGAUGUGCCUUUUCUCUUUGUUGCCCCCAUUGUAUCACAGACAGGUACUCUGUGAGCGCUGUAUUUAUUAUACUGCUUGUUGUAAUACGAAAAUGCAAAAAAGGAGGUUUACGUUUCAUGGUUUGCUGCAGUCAGCUAUGCUUCUACUUAAUAUAUGCUAUAAAUUAAAUAAAAUUAAUUUUUCUUGUAA